ACAGACUGUAUUGUACACUUCUUUUUAUUUUCUCUAGUGUGAAGUGUGACGACUGUGACUCGCUUUCUGCAGAAAUGGCCGAGGAAGAAACCCAGAAGAAGAAGAGGACCUUCAGGAAAUUCACUUUCCGAGGGGUGGAUUUGGACCAACUUCUAGACAUGCCAGCGGAACAACUCAUGGAGCUGAUGCAUGCUCGAGCUCGUCGCCGUUUCUUCCGUGGGCUGAAGAGGAAACCCUUGGCUCUGGUGAAGAAGCUGCGUAAGGCCAAGAAAGAAGCUCCGCCAAAUGAGAAACCAGAAGUUGUCAAGACCCACUUGAGAAACAUGAUCAUUGUUCCUGAAAUGGUCGGCAGCAUCAUCGGUGUUUACAACGGCAAGACAUUCAACCAGGUUGAAAUCAAGCCUGAAAUGAUCGGCCACUACCUCGGGGAGUUCAGUGUCACGUACAAACCUGUCAAGCACGGUAGACCCGGUAUUGGUGCCACUCACAGUUCAAGGUUUAUUCCUCUCAAAUAAACCAAAUGUUUUAUAUCUUAAUAAAAUGUUUUAAAAACUA